AUGCGUUUCUCAAUCACCGCCGCUGUAACAGCAGCACUCGCUCUUUCGUCGCAGUCGUUUGCCCUCAACAUCCUCCUGGGCAACGACGAUGGUUUCGCUGCCGCCAACGUUCGCGAGACAUAUCGUCUCUUGAAGCAGGAGGGCCACAAUGUCGUUCUCGUUGCAUCUGCCGACAACCAGUCUGGCAUGGGAGGUCGAGCUGUCUUCACCAACAACGCUUCGCUUGUUGUCAACUCGGAGUACAACAUCAUCCCUGCCGGUUCCCCUUCAAUCGGCACCGAUCCAAACGACCACAGCAUCUGGUACUACAACGGCACUCCUGCAGCUUGUGCCUUUGUCGGCCUCGACUAUGUAAUUCCCAACUUUACCAAUUUCUCCCACCCCGAUCUGGUCAUUGCUGGCCCCAACUUCGGCACGAACUUGGGUCCUUUCCUUUACACUCUCAGCGGUACAGCGGGCUACACAUACGCAUCCGUUGGCCGUGGAUACCCAGCUAUCGCCUUCUCGGGUGGUAACUCUGAGCAACGUUCCUAUCAGUGGAUCAACCAAACCACCGCAAGUGGACACCCCGACCCUGCAACCAUCCAAGCCCAGCUCGCACUUAAGGUCGUCAACGCCUUGAUCAAGAGCACCCCGCCAGGCGAGCGCCUUCUACCUCUGGGAUACGGCCUCGCGGUCAACACUCCAUUCAUCACAUCCCUCACCAACGACACCUGCAUCAACCCACCCUUCGUCCAGACCCGACUGACUGGCGGCGCGGACUACGACAUUGCAGCUUACAACGCCACCUCUAGAACUUUCACCUACCAGAACAUCGUCCCUCCUGGCGGCAACACUUGCAUCAACGGCGACUGCUCGCUCCCAGGCGAGACGAAUGUUGUCAACACCGGCUGCCAGGGCAGUAUCAGUGUCUUCACCGUCGACUAUGAUGCACCUCUUGGUAAGGCUCAGACCGAUGUUCGCUCGCGACUGACGACUGUCGCGCCAUACAACGGCACUGGCAGUGGCAAUGGAAGUGGACCUCACUGGGGACCUCCUGGUGGAUGGGGACCGCCUGGGAGCUGGGGCCCUGGAGGCUUCCCACCGAGGCAUCAUUGGAGUGCCAGAUGGAACUUGGAGUAG